CAGACACUGAAAUUUCCAUCUAAGAUGAAGUGGAUGAUCAGCACUUUGUUUCUUGUGACGGCAGUGAAGUGUCAACAGCUUGAAUCCGAGAGCAUGAGCACAUCCCUUGGUAAGCUGGAAGGCGCCAUUCGGGAAUGGGCCAUCAGAAAGGGAGUUUUGGAUGAAAUGGAGAAGUACUUAGCAAACAUGGAGAGAAGGCUUUUGAGGAUUAUGAACAACACAAACCAGUCUCCGGAACAAAUGCGUAAAUAUGAGAGCAUCAAAUCCGAAAUCUAUCGCUCUAUAAAACUCACAAUUGAACUAUCUAUGAAGGAGCUGCCGGAAAACACAAGGCGUCAACGAAGAUCACCGAUGAGUAAAGAGGAGUUGGACUGGCUCAUGUGGGGCAUGGGAUGAAUUAUCUGCUCGCAUUAUGCUUAUCAACAAUCCAUUGCAGUGAAUUUUCACGACUUUAAUUUCCUUCUGCAAAUUUUGUUAGAAGCUAAUCAAUCAUACCAUUUUUGUGUGGA